CAGGGAUCCAGAACUUGUGAAGAGGAUUGGUGUUGCCACUGCUCUUGAAGUUAGAGCUACUGGCAUUCCUUAUGCGUUUGCACCAUGCAUUGCGGUAUGCAGAUCCAAGAUGGGGUCGUUGCUAUGAAAGCUAUAGCGAGGAUCACAAAAUUGUACAAGCAAUGUCUGAAAUGGUAAUCGGUUUACAAGGGGAGAACCCUAAUCGAAAGGGUGUUCCUUAUGUUGGUGGAAAGUAAGCCUAUCUUGGGACCUAAUUGCUUGUUUUUUCGAUAAUUUGUUAUUGAUAUUCGCGCACCAUAAAUAUUUCACGCUUACAUAAUUCCCAAUUAUUCUUUCAAUCUUAUAAAGGGAUAAAGUUUUGGCUUGUGCAAAACACUUUGUGGGUGAUGGUGGCACAGUCAAGGGAAUCUAUGAAAACAGCACUGUGACUGACUGGCACACGUUGCUAAGCAUUCACAUGCCUGCAUACUACAACUCCAUCAUUAACGGCGUGGGAACAAUCAUGGUGUCUUAUUCGAGCUGGAAUGGAGUGAAAAUGCACGCUAAUCGUGAUCUAGUUACCAAGUUCCUCAAGGACACCCUUAAAUUUAGGGUAUAUUCAGUAGUAUUUUGAUGAAACGAAAACACUGCUAGUUCAUAAUAGUUCAAAAAAGUCAGUUCUAACUAGUUAUUUGUUAAAAUUUUUAGGGUUUUGUCAUCUCUCAUUAUCAAGCUAUUGACAAGAUCACCACUCCGGUCCUUGCAAAUUACACAUACUCUGUGGAAAAGGGGAUUCUAGUGGGCAUUGACAUGGGUAGUAGUCUCUUCUACGUAGAAACAAUACUUUCUAAUAAGUGAAAAUGAGUUCUGACUUUGAAGCCAACGUUGCUCGGGUUUUUUUUUUUUUUUAAAUUUAUAGAUCAUGGCCAUUUCCAACUAUACGGACUUCAUUGAUAUCGUGACAUCCUUAGUCGAAAAGAAUAUUGUCCCCAUGAGUCGUAUUGAUGAUGCUGUCAAAAGGAUUUUGAGGGUCAAGUUUGUUAUGGGCCUUUUUGAGAAUCCAUUGGCGGAUUUUAGCCUAGUUAAUCAUCUUGGAAGUUAGGUUAGUGAACUAAUAAUUCGCAUUUUAUUUCUCCCUUUAUUUGUUAAAUGUUUUUGAACUAUUCUUGUCUUCGAUACGAUAAAAAACAAAACAAAACAAUAACCAUUAAUAGAGCAGGCUCGUAGAGAUUUUGCAAGGGAAGCCGUGAGGAAAUCACUCGUGCUCUUGAAGAACGGGAACAAUGGAGAAAGUCCCUUGCUUCCUCUCCCCAGAAAUGCGGAAAGUAUCCUAGUUGCCGGUAGUCAUGCAAACAAUUUGGGUCUUCAAUGUGGUGGUUGGACUAUUACUUGGCAGGGAAUGAGUGGCAACAAGCUAACUACCGGAACUACCAUCUUAGACGCCAUCAAAGCUGCAGUCAGCUCAAACACACAAGUUGUCUACGAGGAGAACCCCGAUGGAAAUUUUGCCAAGUCCAAAAACUUUGACUAUGCAAUUGUUGUUGUGGGAGAGCCACCUUAUGCUGAGUUUCAUGGAGACAACUUGAACUUGACGAUUCCUAAACCCGGUCCUGACACAAUUACCAAUGUAUGCGGGAGUGUAAAAUGUGUUGUCGUCCUCAUCUCUGGCCGGCCUCUUGUGAUCGAGCCUUACCUCCCCUCCAUUCAUGCUCUUGUUGCUGCAUGGCUACCAGGAAGUGAAGGCAAAGGCGUGACUGAUGUCCUUUUUGGGGACUACGGAUUCACUGGGAAACUUUCCCAGACUUGGCUCAAGAAUGUGAAUCAACUCCCAAUGAAUUUUGGGGAUCCACAUUAUGAUCCACUCUUCCCCUUCAAUUUUGGAUUGACCACUAAUCCGAUGUAGGCUACAUAUAGUGAUUUGAGCUCUUUUUUCGUUCACGGAUGCAAAAUUGGACUAGUUGUAAUUUUUUGUUUUUGUUCUAGACUUGACGUUGAAUGUGCAAGAACAAUCUAACUAGAAAAUCAUUCAAAACUUUAUCGAAUAACCAAUUUUGUUGAAGAAGCUAUUGAGUCAAUUACAAAAUGUACUAGUUUGAAAGGCUAGUUGGAUUUUCCCUAGGGUUGGUAAGGCGAAAUGAGGCCACCCGAGCUCAUUCCCUUCUCUUGCUGGUCCCAAAGUAGUGUAGUCCUUCCUGAAGAAUUUGGGCUUCUUGUUAUGCUACUUUAACUAUCUAAAUUAACAUGAGUCACUAGAUC